UUCCAUUAGAGACUCUAGCCUUCAUGGGUUACGUAUUCACAGAGAAGCUCCGCUGAUCUCCCACCUAUUUUUUGCGAAUGAUUCCUACCUAUUCCUUCGUGCCUCCUCUACUGAAUGUGCCCGUAUAAUUGAAAUACUUCAUGAAUAUGAAGUGGUGAGUGGACAACGAGUUAAUCUCCAGAAAUCAACCGUUACAUUUAGUGCUAAUGUCUCAGACCUGGAAGCUACUCGUCUAGCUGGUUUACUUGGUGUGUCAGCAAUUGGAGUUCAUGAUAGAUAUCUUGGUCUUCCAUCUCAGGUUCAUAGAUCUAAAAUCCAAACCUUUCGGUAUAUUGAAGACUCCUUAGCAAACCGAAUACGUCAUUGGAAGUCAAAAAACAUGUCUUUGGCUGCCAAAGAAGUAGUCAUCAUAGCAGUCGGGACAGCAACUCCGUCUUCGUGAUGUCCUGUUUUAGACUCACUUCUGAUUUAUGUAGAAGGAUGAACGGACAACUCUCCACCUUUUGGUGGGCAGGCCAAGACAAGGAAAAAGGUAUACAUUGGUUAUCAUGGUCUGAAUGUUGUUUCAGCAAAUUUGAAGGAGGAUUGGGAUUUAGAGACUUUGAUAGGUUCAAUGUAGCAAUGCUAGCCAAGCAAGCCUGGAGACUUAUCUGUGAACCGGAAAGUACUCUUGCCAGAUUGUACAAGGCAAGAUAUCAUUUCACCGAUCAUUUCCUUCUAGCCCGUCAGGGGACACGUCCUUCUUGGGCUUGGCAAGGUAUCUUGCAGGGUAGAGAUCUACUGAAUAAAGGUCUUCGCUGGCAAGUAGGAUCAGGAACUAAGAUAAACACCUUACUCAACCCUUGGCUACCUACAGACCCUCCUUCUAGCCCUGUGUUGUUAAUGGGCGCCUCUCUAGAUCACCCAAUGGUUUCAUUUCUUCUGGAUUCUAAUGCUAUGGAGUGGAAUCUAGACUUGCUUAAAACCAUAUUUCCCCCUGUCACGAUCGACAAAAUCUUAUCCAUCCCUCUCUCAUCGUCCCCCCAAGAAGAUAAAUUGAUUUGGCAUUAUGACAAGUCUGGUCAUUAUACAGUUAAAUCAGGGUACCACCUUCUUUCGAAUGGUUUAAAUUUACCCAGAAACUCCCUGCCAUAUUUUUUGAACACCAAGUUCUGGAAAUUCUUGUGGAAUAUUCCAAUGCCUCCUAAGCUCAAAUUCUUUCUUUGGAGAUUGGUGCGUGGUUUUCUACCAGUUAAAGGAACCCUCCUUUAUAAGAAAAUUAUCUCAUCAGGUCUAUGUGUUGUUUGCUGCGAGGUAAAUGAAGACUUCAAACACUGCUUUUUCGACUGUAGAAUCACUAGAGAACUGUGGACAUUAUCUGACCUUGACCAUAUAAGAGAUAUGAUGAGGGCAAGUCCUAUGGAAUAUGGAUCUUGCGUGGAGAAACCUCUUUUUCACGCCCCAUAUCUCCAACUCCAAGAAUGAUGUAGCUUUCAUUGUCUUCUUAUUUUGGAGAAUAUGGAAAGGCCGAUGCAAGGCUACAUAUGGAUACGUUUUAUACAGGUCACAUGUCCUAUACAGGCAACUAUUAGCGCAGGUGGAGGAAUGGAGAAUGGCAGAAGCACAGAAGGUUCAGAGAUCCGAAGAAGUCCGAAGGUCAAUACCCCACUCUUCCUCAGGCCAAGGUCCUCAUUCAAGGAGAACAGAUGUUUCCUUCCCUAGUGAAGGUAUCCUAGUUCGUUUUGACGGGGCAACAAAAAUCCCUCAAGGAUGUGCAACUGGCUUCGUCGGCUUUUCAUGUGAUGGAAAUAUCAUAUUUGCAGUUGGUAAAUUCUACCAGGGCAUCUCAGAUGCCUAUAUAUCAGAAUUACUUGCUAUUCGUGAUGCUAUGAAAUGGUGUCUCACCCACAAUUUUUUUACUGUUGUUUUCUGUGGGGACUCUCAAUUGGUCAUCAAGGAUGUGACAUUAAAGAAGACUUCACAUUCAAGAGCGGGAGCUAUAUUAGAGGAAGUUCACUCUCUUCUUUCCUCCUUCCUAUCUGUCUCGUGUCUUUUUGCUCCUCGGAGCUUCAACAGAGCUGCCCACGUCGUGGCAAAACAGGCUCUUUUAUCGGGAGUCCGGUUGCAUACGGACUACCGUUCUCUUUUAGUGUCUUUCUUGUAACUGUAUUGACCGGCCAUGCCCUGGGGGGCUUAUCUUGGAUAAAAUAAAAAUAAAAUAAAAAUUACAGGGGGAUCUGAUUUACUAUAAGGUCAAUUCAACAUUACACACUAAGCUAAGCUAGUUGGACUUUAUCCAGGCAGACGACCCAUCCCCUGGCCUAGGUGGCCAUACAGUUUUCAACAGGCUAGGACUUAAGACGGGCUUGUAACAAGUUAGUUGAUAUGAAAUUUGACUAUGAAUAAAUUUAAGUUUAGAAUUCUUAUGGUGGGACAGCAAGCCGACAAGGUACCAUCUUAAUGAGGUUCCAAAAGCUAAGUAUGGAGAUCAAGUCGUCAAGGUACCAACCUGAUGAGAUGGAGGUGACAAAGUCCCAAGCCGACAGGAUGACAAGGUACCAACUUAAUGAGAUUCCAAAAUCUAAGUAUGGAGAUCAAGGUGGCAAGGUACCAACCUAAUGAGACGAAGGUGACAAGCCGACAAAGUACCAGUAUGAUGAGGAGGCUCUAAAAGAUAAGUAUGGAGAUAAGGUCAUCAAGUAUCAACUUGACGAGCUCUAAAAACUGAAUUUGGAGACCAAAUCGUCAAGACAAUCUUGGUAGCAGGCAACGAUGUACCAAGAUGGCAAGGAAAUGAGGUAUCAAGUUACCAGAUCUCUAAAAAAAACUAAAUAUGGAAUGGAACAAGGUACAAAGCUGACAUGGAAAAGAGAUGUCAAGUUAAUUACACGGGUUUGGUGACAACUAGAAGGGUACCAACCUGAUGAGAUGGGGUCAUAAGGUGGCCAGCUCAUAGGGUACCAAGCCGCCAGGGUGGCAAGAUACCAACUUGAUGAGGUUCAAAAAACUAAGUUCGAUGAUCAAGCCGACAGGGUACCAAGCCAGCAGGUGGCAAGGUACAAAUUGAAGCUCAUAAAAUUAAGUAUGCAAAUCAAGCCAGAAGGAUGGGCUUAGUGGCCACAUGGCAAGGUCCCGAGCUGUCAUGGCGAUAAGAUAUCAACUUGACGAGGCUAAAAAAAACUAAGUAUGUAGAUCAAGCUGACAAGACCGGCUUGAUGGUGAAUUGGCAAGGUACCAAGCCGACAUGGACCAUCUCUACUUUCUCUAGAGUAAUUAUGAAAUAUCAGAGGUGGAGAUUGGUCAGCUAAGGUAACCAGUUGAUAAGAUGGACAUGGUAAACGAAAAAACACCAUGGGCUUGAUAUUGAGAAGACAAAUUGAUUACAUGAUGAGUUUCCCAAGAAUAAGUGUGGGGCCUUGAUUGGGAUAUGGGGUUAGGUUCUUAUCCUGUUAAGGUGGGUAACAAGACCUAACUAACAAAAUGGUUCGUUGAGGGCUAGCAAGACGAUGAUAGCAAGUAGAUGAGGCGGACUAUGAUAAUAAGAUGAGGUGGUACCAGGUCAGCAUCGAGGGGGCUCUCUCUUAUCAUCAAGGUGGUAGAGUCCCAAGACAACAAGAUGGUUACCUCAAGUUGAUUAACAAGAUAAGAGCAACAAAAAAGCUAAGUAGUGAUCCGUUGAGGGCUCACGAGUAGGGGUGAAAAUUGGGGCGGGUGUGGUUACCCGCUCCACAUUUUGCGGGUACCCACACCCACAAAUUUGCAUUUAUGCUACCCACAACCCGCACCGCAAUGGCUAGUGAAUAACCACUACCCACUGCGGGUUGGAUGUGGUUACCCGCAAAAAUUCAUCUUUGCAAGUAUGGAGUUGAGGCCGCCACCAAAGUAUUUGUUGUUCGUAGCUAGACUAUAGUUAUAUACAAUUGUGUCAUUCGUGGAGAUAUAAUUUUGUAGCUCGAUCUUACUCAACGUGGAGAUUUUUUCUUUUCGAGUUUGGUAUUCAACUUUUGUGUCAGAGAGCUGUAAUUUCAAUUUUCAGAUAUGAUCUUGUAUUUUUUUCACACAAAAGCAAAAACAUACAGAUAAAAGUUACUAAAAGUU